AUGGGGGUUGGUGCAUUUGUGGAACCUUUUGUUGUCGUCUUCCUCCUUUUUGGCGGCACUUGGAUCAAUCGCGACUUUGAUGGCCCGUCCACACGUCCUGGUCGAUGGACCCAAGACCGAGAAUCUGCCGUGAGCCGCGAUGACUCUCCUGAUAGCAUUUCGUCAGGAUCAUCUGGCGCCGUUGAAGAAGAUACUCUGCUUGGUGAUUCACCCACUCGCUCAGCCUCACCCUCUCUGCUCGUCGACCAAGAAUCAAAAUGGCGGAAGCGACACAUUGGGCUUUUCGGACUCAAGCACCAAAUUUCAACUCCCAACACACGUGUUUUCCAAGGCCGUUUGCUGAGUCGCCUUCUUCAAAAGCUUCCAUUUCUAGUUGAGUGUUGGUAUUGGGCUCUGGUCUACUGGAUAUAUCAGUUGGGUCGUGCAUUUAGUGCACUCACUCUCAAAGACACCACGGUCGAUGUGGCUCGAAACCAUGCUCUGCAGGUCAUCCAUCUCGAACAGAAGCUCCAUAUCUUCUGGGAACUGCCCAUUCAACAUUUCUUUCUCAAGCAUCCUUUUCUCUUAACUUGGAUCAACCGCAUCUAUUCUUUUAUCCAUAUUCCGGGCACCAUUCUAUUCCUUGUUUGGCUCUACUAUUACACCACCACACGAAACCGCCUGGAAGAGCGGCAAUCCAGCAAAAAGUUUGGAGAAGUGAGCGGCUCGCCUGCAGGUCCUGGUUUAUAUCAAGCGCGCCGGAGGACCAUGGCCGUAUGCAAUCUGCUGGCCUUCAUUGUUUUCACCCUUUGGCCCUGCAUGCCACCUCGCCUCCUCAGCGAUAAACAUGUCAAGGGUCCAGUUGGUGAUGAGGCUCGUAGCUACGGCUUUGUCGAUACCGUGCACGGGAAGGGCGGCGAGAGCAGCGUUUGGACGCAGAAUAAAUUUUGCAACCAAUACGCUGCAAUGCCAUCUCUUCACUUUGGGUAUUCGUUGAUGAUUGGUCUCACGGUCGUUUUGGUUCCGCUCCCACCACAUCACCGCCGUUCUAUGGCCAUAAAGCUUCCUUACAUUCCGUCCAUUCGACUUCCCUCUUGGCGCCGGCUCCUCUGUGUCAUCAUUGGCAUGCUUUAUCCGUUGACGAUUCUCAUUGCGAUUAUUGCUACGGCUAACCACUUCAUCCUGGAUGCGGUCGCGGGCGCUAUCGUGUGUGGUCUCGGCUGGUGGGGCAAUUCGGUCUUGCUGAACCUCUUGCCCAUUGAGGACUGCUUCCUCUGGUGUCUGAGAAUUCACAAGCCUGAGCCACGGACAAUCGAUGUCCUCGAGGGCGACUUUGACGAGAAUGGCCAAUGGGUGGUGGGAAAGGGGGUUGUUGUCUAG